UGACAAUUUGUUAAUUAAUUUUUUAAACAUUUUGUCGUUGGAAAAAUGCACCAGGGCAAUGCUUGUUGCUUUUGCAAUUCCAAUUCACACGUUGUCAUUGUUUACUAAUUGUAUUAAUCAGUAUUAAUUAACUAAUGUGUUUCUUAAUUACUAAAUUAAUUAAUUUAAUAAAUUUACGUAAAUUUUGAGAAUAGUAAAAGUAAAUAAUAAAGAGGGUUUUAGUUAUCAUGGAUCGUUUAAGAGAAUAUAAAAAAUCUCGUAAUCCAUUUACAAGUGAAGCAGCAAGAUUUAAACGUGCUGAACAAACAGAAUUACGAAGACGUCAACAACGAGAUAAACAUGUUGCUCAACGACGUGAAAUAAUAAUUGAUGAAAAACUUGAUGAUACUUUGACAGAUGAAGAACCUAAAGACAUAUUGUCAAAAUUAAAAAAAUGGAAAGAAGAAAAAGCUCUAAAAAAAAAGCUUAAUGCUAAAAAUAAAAAGCCUGUUUUUAAAAUUGGUAUACCUCAUCAUAAUUUUUAUUCACCAACAUCAAAAGAUGAUAAGCCACAUUGUCAUCAUAAAAGAAAUAAGGAUGUCAUUAAUACUGAGCCAAAAAAAAUAAGUAAAGCAACAGAACGUCGUUUGGCAUUAAAAGCUGCUGCUGCUGCUGCUUCAGCUGCAUCAGCUGCAUCAACAGAAAGUGGAAAAACUCCAAUUGCAAGAUGUACACGUUCUAGAAAAAAAGCAGCAGCAGCUGCUGAAGCUAUUGCUGUUUCAUUAAAAAGUGAAUCAAUUGCUCCUAAAAAUUAUGAAUUUAAAAAUCCAAUAGCUGAUUCAAUGCCACUAUUUGGUCGUUUUAAUAUUCCAAUGGAGCCUGAUACACCCAAAGAACAAACUAAUAAAUAUCAAUUUACAUUUGAAUUAAAUACAAGUAAUGAUAAAAAAAAUCUAGAUGAUACACCAAAAGAUAAAACUAAAGAGCAAGAAAUAAGUCCACAAAUAACUGAUGAAAAUGAUGAAUUAAAAAUUUCUGAUGAUGAUCCAGUAAUUGAACAAUCAGAGACAAAUGAUACAUCAAUUGAAUCAAUAACGUUACGUGUAUCAUCACAAGAGUCACUUGAUAGUAAUGAAGGUGAAAAAAUAAUUAAUAAACAUUUAAAUAUACAAGAUAAAUGUUCAUCACCAGUUGCAGCACAAUUUUCACCAUUUGUUACAACAAGUCGUGGUAAAAGUAGUGCAAGAAAAGAAUUUAAAAAACGUAUGAGUUUACGUACAAGUUGUUCACCAGCUGAUGAUAUUCCAACAAAAGAUACAGUUAUGAAAAAUUUAAAUAUAUCUAUUGAUGAAGAAGAACAUACUGCACAAUAUUACAGAUCAUUAGGUGAACGUGAAGCAAAUAGACUCAGAGAACUUUGUUUAAAUUGGAGAAAAAUACAACAUUUAUCAGAUACACCAGAAGAAUCAAUUCAUCAUAUUAAUUCAGCAAUUGGACAAGCUGAACUUUUACUUAAUAAAAAAUUUGGUAGAUUUCAACAAUUAGUUGAUAAUUGUGAAGAUGGAAAAGGUGAAAUGUUAGUACGUUGUCGUGAUUUACAAGGUUUUUGGGAACUUGUAGCACGUGAAACUGCUGAUUGUGAUUCACGUUUUUGUAAAUUAGAAAAACUUAAAGAUAAUAAUUGGACUGAAGAAGAAGAAGAACAACAACAAGUUCAUAAAGUUAUACAAAAAAAACCAGUUAACAAGAAAAAAAAUGUUGUUAAAAAAAAACAAAAUACAGCAAAAAGUCAAAUGAAAUUAUUCAUUGAAGAACAAAGAAAAAAAAAAUUACAAGAACAAAGUGAUAAUGUAAAUGUGGAAAAUAAUGAAAAUAUAAUAGACGAUAAAAUUCAGCCAUUUUCAACACCAAGAAAAAGUUUAUUAUCAUCUGAACCAUUUAUUUCAGCAAGUCCAAAAAGUUUAGUGAGACAUCAACUAACAGAUAGUGCUAAAAAAAUGGCUUUAGCAAGUAUGAAAAUAACCCAAAUUUACAAAACACCAGAAUUAAAACUUGAUAAAUCAAUAUCAUAUGUUAAUUCACAUCAAACACCAGGUAAAGGAAUAUUAAAAAAGCUUCAAUUUGAAUUACCAGUUAGUGAAAAACGUAAUACAACAAAAUCAACAUUUAAAGUAAAUUUUAAUGAUACAAUUGAUGAAAAAGAAUUACCAAGUGAUGAUGAUGAAUUACCAGUUGAAUUACCAGUUGUUAAUAUUGAUAAAAAUGUAACUGUUGUUUUGGAAAAAAUUGAUCCAGUUAAUAUAUCUCCAAUAGAAAAUGAGAAUGAAACUGAUAAUGAAAAAGUAAUUUCUCUUGAUAAGAAAAAAUUAACUUUUGAUGAUAGUUUAAAUUGUGAGCUUGAUGAAAAAUUGUCUGAUGAAAAUGAAAAAUCAAAAGAUAAUGUUAAUUCAAGUAUUCCAAGUAUUACAUUAACAUCACCAACUCCAAUAAAACAAAGAAUUAAUCCAGUUAUAAAUAUUAUAAAUUCAACACCAAAUAAAAAACAGCAAAAAAAAAGAAAUAAAAAAUGUGAUAGUAUUGAUGUUAUUGAAACACCAAGACAAUUGAGAAGUCGUUCAAUAAAAAUUGAUGAAAAUGAAAAUAUAAAAAGUAUAAAAUCUUGUGAUACAUCACAAAUGGAUUUAUCAACAAAAGAUAUUACUGAUAAAGAAAAUAUUGCUAAUAAAAAGAAAAAUAUUAAAAAAAUAUCUGAUGAAGAUAAUAACAAUAUCAGUUUAAAUAUGCCAUCAACACCAAGAAAAUCAACUAGAUUAAGUACAAAAAAUACUACUACUGAUGAUACAUGUAAUGCUUGUUCAAUUAUUUUACCAUCAACUCCAAUGACACCACGACGAAGAAAAAAAAUUGAAAAAACAGAAUAAUUUUUAAUUGAUUGAUAUUUUUAAAUUAACAAAAA